CACUAUAUCAAGGAAGAGCAUCGGUAUAACGUCGCCUCUUAACCGGAUCCGUUCAGUCUGAAUCCUGUCGACGAUCCUCGUACAUUUUUCCAAACCUUUCCCGGUUCAAGUAGAUCCGUCUUUUCCAUCAUGUAUCUACGUUACGUCCUCCUCUUGUUGUCUCAUCACAUUGUGACUUGUAUGUCAUUACCAGCGACCUAUGAUCAACGACAGACCGGUGAUCUGAACGUGCAGGUCCACCUGAAGGAUGUACAAGUGUUGGCAUUGCUGGACUCGGAAUUACUUGACGAUUACACGGAGUACGAUUAUUUUUACGAUUACGCCGAUUUCACGGUGAAACCGAUCGUUAAACCCACCACAAGUACCACCGAAUCAGCUUUAUCGUCUUCCAAUGAAACUACAGAAAGGGUUGAAGUCUCUGAAACACCUGACUCACCCUCUAUAAAUUCCACGCUCCUCUCCUCGACAAAUGGUUCUUUAAAUGCAAAUGCAACCACCGAAGAUACCACGAUUCCUGUGUCAAUGAUCGCUGAAAAAAUAAAUGUAACUACAGGGAUUUUAUCGACCGAGAGUACGGAAGGCUUAAUUAAAAUAAACGAUACUUUGAAAACAAGGGUUAAUGACAAAAAUAAGAACUUCUUUGAUGAUAACGAUGAAGAUUCAGCAGUGCAAACAUUCACGAGAGGUCCGUCGACAAAAUUGUCAGAGAAACGAUGUAGAAAUGGAUAUACACGGGAUGGAAAAGGUCGUUGCCGUCGUCUAAGUCAAAGAAGAUUAUCGUUAAUACCGCUAGCAAUUAAGUUGGCGCCCAAACUAUUGGACGACCUAGCUCGUAGUACGAAGAAUCUGGCGCAGCAGGAAGUUCAUCGGAUGCACUCGAAUUGAAACGUGUCAUGAAU